UUCUCGUACAAAAGCGAAUUUUUUUGUUGGACGAUAAUUUUUCAUCUCUCAACUACCGCAAUAUUAUUAUUUUUGGAAAUAAUUUUGGCAAAACGCAUCCAGCGAGAGACACGGAAAACGGCGAGACGCUCGUACAGUCGGAAGAAAACGAAACAUUUGCGAAAAAAACGGCUUGAAAUUCCGUCGUGAAGCACACCCAUUUAUUUAGUCGUCGCUCAAAUUUUUUUUUGUUAGUUUUUCACCUUUUUUUCUCGACGUUCAACGACGAGUCCGCGCAAAAAUGCAGGCGAUCAAGUGUGUGGUAGUUGGCGAUGGUGCCGUUGGUAAGACAUGCUUGCUUAUCAGUUACACUACAAAUGCCUUCCCCGGAGAGUAUAUUCCCACAGUAUUCGACAAUUACUCUGCCAACGUGAUGGUCGAUGGCAAACCAAUCAACUUAGGUUUAUGGGAUACAGCUGGGCAGGAAGAUUACGAUCGUCUCCGUCCAUUGUCGUACCCACAAACGGAUGUUUUUCUCAUUUGUUUCUCUCUCGUCAAUCCGGCUUCCUUUGAGAACGUCAGAGCCAAGUGGUAUCCUGAAGUCAGACAUCAUUGUCCCGCAACUCCAAUUAUUCUCGUUGGCACAAAAUUAGAUUUACGCGACGAUAAAUCAACCAUUGAAAAAUUGCGUGAUAAAAAAUUAUCGCCAAUUACAUAUCCUCAGGGUUUAGCAAUGAAUAAGGAAAUUGGUGGCGUAAAAUAUCUUGAAUGUUCUGCACUCACACAAAAAGGCUUGAAAACAGUCUUUGACGAAGCGAUACGAGCAGUACUCUGUCCCGUUGCACCACCCAAGCCCAAACGAAAAUGUGUCAUUUUAUAAAUUUUGCCUUCAAAACUGAACUAAUAAUAAUAAUAAUUAAUAUUAUUAAAUAAUAUGUGUAAUAACAAGAAAAAAAAAAUUAAAAAUCAACGACCAUCAUUUAAAGAUUUACAAAAAAAAAAACUAAAAUUAAUAUUAAAAAGUAUGAAAAAUGUGCAUUGAAGUAAAAAAUGUGUAUCAAUAUAUGUAUAAAUGUAUAUUAUAUACAAACCAAAAAACAUCUAAAAGAAAUUACACGAACAAAAACUUGCGAAAAAUUAUUUGCCAAAAUUAAAACUUUAUAUUUUUGCUUUAUAAACAUAUAUAUUUAACGUCUCAUGUCCUUAAUUCAACAAAAAAAGUAAAAAACUAAUCAAACA